UUGAAAAUCCGUCUUGGAUAAAUCAUGAACACGUCCGCUCUGAGCACUUCGACGAUGGUCGUGGGUAUCGACGUCACAACUUCCAAUAUAACUGGGGACGGCAACCCGAGUCCUCCCGCUGAUACGCUGUCACCUAUCGUCUUCUACGCCGUGUUUUCCACAAUUUUUGUGGUGGGUCUGAUCGGGAACAGUCUGUUGAUCCUGAUCUUCGCCCGACACAAGACUAUGAGGACGGUUCCGAACACCUACAUCUUCAAUCUCGCGGUGGCAGACCUUCUGACGACCUUGAGUUGUGCUCUCGCUCCCCUCCUGGACAACACUGGAGAGACUCUCCCUCUAUUCUGCAAGACCUUCCAGGUCAUCUUGGAGUCGUCCAUGGGAGUAUCCGCCUUCACCCUUACUGCCCUCAGUGCCGAGCGGUACUACGUGAUCGCUCACCCUCUCAAGAACAAGGUAUCCUCUAAAAAAUUUACGGUGUGUGCUGUCCUGUCGACCUGGCUCAUCUCUGUUUCCUUCGUUGUCGGAAAGAUGGUCUUGAAGUCUCCUGGCAGCAGCUCAGGAUGUGUGCAAAUGUACGAUCCGACCUCUUUCGCUAACACAUAUACGCUGAUCGACUUUAUCGUGUUCUAUUUGAUCCCUGUAGGCGUCAUCGCCGACUUCUACAUCCUGAUGGCGUACGAACUCUAUUUUGGAAAUCGCAACUUCCGAAAGAGGAGUGUUUCUAACAGCACGAACCAUCUACGAGUGAGGAAAAGAAUUGCUGGAACUGUCUUGGUCCUCGUCAUUAUGUAUGCCGUCUGCUAUUUCCCCUACAAUUUCAUGAGUCUAAAAUUGUAUUUCGAUAAAGACUUCCACAACAAUCAGGUUUGGUCACUUGCUACUAACAUAAUAUUCUGUGUUGGCUGUAUACAUAAUUGUUUCAACCCAAUUAUACUUUAUUCACUCAGCAAAUCUUUCCGAGGUCAUUUCAAUAACUAUCUGUUCUACAGCAUAUUCCGUAAAACUAUCCCCGUCCAAGAAGAACAUACUGACUGCCAGUGCUCCAGAUGUUCUAAGAAAACAAUCUCCAAACACUCUGUUACUACUAAAGUUUAAUUUUUCAGAUUUCCCAACAGGCUUGGAGAGUUAUCUGGUAUAGUAGUUGGCUUUGGUGGGAUCUCUCUCUUUCAUACUCCACUGACUUUUUGUGGCCUCAAUCAUACUAUUCUGAGUUGGUGUGGCCACUCUAAUCUUCUAUUGACUUGGUGCGGCCUCUCUCAACCUCUACUGACUUGGUGUGACCUUUUUCAAGCUCCACUGACUUGUUGUGGCCUCUAUCAUACUCUUCUGAGUUGGUAUGGCCACUCUAAUCUUCUAUUGACUUGGUGUCAAUAGAAUCAAUCCUCCAGUGCUAAGUAAGGUUUUUGAAAAACUUUUCUUAAGUAGGAUGCUAA